UAUUCUCUCUCCUCUUUCUAGACCUUUUUAUCUCUCCUCUCUCUAGAGAUAUUCUCUCCUCUCUCUUCCCUCGUUUCAUUUGCAUUCAGUCGCUCCACUUUCUUCUUUCAAGUAUGUUUCUCUCUCCUCCCAGAGUCAUGUACUUUCAUCUCUCUCUCUAAAGCGCUUCAUCCUUCUCUCUCUAAAUAAUGACACCAGCAAUUGACCACGGUUAAAUGAAAUUUCAGGCGGGAGCUUUCGCUAGAUACUCUCUCUCUCUCCAAGUUCUUCACACUUGCUCUCUUCUCUCUCUCUCUUCAAGUUGUUCGCACUCUCUCUACAGGCAUCCUCUGUUAAUAGGAUCGUAGUUUUGAUUUAUGAGCAUGGCGGAGAGGCGCGGGAGAAGAGGGCCUAAUGGCACCACAACUCUCGGAGAAGAUGAAUCGUUGCAGGAAAUUCCAUUGGAAACUUUGAUUUCGAGCACUGUGGAUUCACAGUCAGCACGCCUAAGUCUCAGAGGACGAUGGGAAUUGGCAUCUGUUCUGAAUUUCUUACAUGUUUUUCAGCCAAUUAUUCAUUGUGAUUUGGAGGUUUCUGCUGAGGAGAUUGAGACAGCUCUCAUUUCUCCGAAUAAUACAUUGGCAAAGUUGCAUAUUGCUCUUUUGAAGGGGAUACCUCCAGUAAGCAAAAGUUUGGGUGAAUCUAACUUUUGGCUGACAGCACUUUGUAAGAAACUUGUUGAAUGGUGGCCAUGGGUGGCUGAAGGGGAUGUUCCACUUGUUGCAUAUCAUGGAGAGGAGAUUUUGAGGUACAAUGAGCUUGACGCAACCACCCGUUUGCUAAUGCUGAAAGCACUUUGUGAAAUCCGAUUAGAACAAGAUGACACGUGGAGGUUUAUUGAAGAUGCUUUGAAGCAGGGAAAUGAUCUCUCAACUUUCCGCAUGGAUAGUUUAGGUAGAGAUAAUGAUGGAACUACUUACUGGUAUGAUGGUGAUUCAAAAAUUGGGCAUCGGUUGUAUAAGGAAGUCAGUAAUGUUGAACCCAGGCCAAAAGCAAAGGGGAGGGGCCGAUUCGUGCAGCCUAUGUUUAAUAUCCAAUGGGAAACACUUGCCACUAAUCUUGAUGAGUUUCUUGAUAUAUCAGAUAAACUUUCUUCUAGCAGGAACAUCAUGGAGGUUGAUGUUGGAAAAAAAGUGAAAGUAGAUAUUAUUCCCGUUAUUGAAGAACUUAAUAAGAAAAAAGAACGAGCACUAAGACGACAGCAGAAGCAAGCAACACUUCUGGAUAGUUUUCUGUAUUCUAAUGGUACUGAUAAUGCUCGUUCACUCCGUGACCGCAAACCUGUCAAAUACACAUUUGAUGAAUACGAUCGGUCAAUCGAUGAAGCCAUAGAGAUAACGAAGAAAGGGAAGACGACCCAAGAGAGCAAAGAUGAAGGGAAGCACCGGGAACUCCUUGCCAAUGGCAAGGACACACUACCACAAGGGAUUUCAGAGUCUUAUGAAAGCUCGGCCCUGAAUUAUAUUCAUGAAAAUGGCAACCACCCAAAACUGGAGGACCAAGCAAGCUCACCAGACAAAACUCAUGUUGAUGACCAUGGUUAUGAUAAGGAUGACGACGAUGAUGAUGAAUAUGUUGGUGAAGAGGAUACUGAUAUUGAAACAGAUGAGGAACAUGAUAUUGAGACAGAUGGGGAAAAUGAAGACGAUUGUGAUAAUAAAAUGCCUGCUAACAUGACGGAUAAUCAUGGGUUGCGCCGAAGCAAAAGAGGUAUGGCUCAUGUGACCGACCUUGGAAAUACUUCAGCCUUAAUUAUGGAAAAUAAUAAGGAUAUAUCUAUCAUAGAAAGAGAAAAUAGGGGUGCAAAGAAGAGACUGAUGUCUAGGCCAGUUCCUAAGAUGGAAAACACCAUCUAUUGUGUUUCUGAUGCUGAGAAUGAGAACCCACAAGCAGUUGUGGAGAGAGUAUUGGAAAAGAGAAAAGGUAGGCUUGAUAUUGAUCUGAAUGAAGAGGCUUCAAUAGCUGAAGUCUGACUUUUGGGUUGCUUGUUUUGGCUGAAUUUUGGUAGCUACAAGAACCCAUCUCUCUCUGGGCAAUAGAAGUGGGGGUGUGGAUUUGAUAGGUGAAGGAUGACUGGAAAUUGAAUUUUGGGUUAUUUAUUUUUUUGACCCAAUUUCUCUCUUCAACUCUGGGUAGCAGCAGAAGAUGGGUUGUAGAGGUGUUUAGUGAAGGAAGAUGGAUUUAAUGGAGUUGAAGCGGAAAUGGGAUUUUUUUGUUAUUUGUUGUAUCAACAAGAAAGGCUCUUCGCAGUAGUUUUGGCACAAGUUUACUUAUCCUCAAGAAACAGGCGUCUUAUGAAGUUCUUACUAUAUGCUUAUAAUGUUUUGGCACCAAAAUUUUGAUCUGUUUGAUCUUGAAGUGUAACACUAAUUCAGUAAGUAUAACGUUAUAAAUAUAUCUUAUUUGAUGUUUGAAGGAAAUUAAUAUAUUUAAGGGUUUUCAUACCA